CGUGAUGCAGUACCACAAGCUGGCGACACAUUCAUUAUCGUGGAUAAAGCCUAUGGUCGAGCAAUCACUGUUAUCGAAGGCAGACCGAAACUGGAGACCAGCGCCAAUCGAGCUGGUAGCUGGCGUUGGCUUUGCACCGAGAAGGACGGAUUUCUUGGGUUUCGUAACACCGUCUCGGGAAGAUACUUGGGCCACAACAUUUGGUGGAAUAUGGUGGUUGACGGCUGGAGUCAUAAAGCUUGGGAACACUUUCACGCCAGAAGACAAGAGUGCGGGGGGUAUACCCUUCUGGCUCCGGACUGGUUUACCAUGCGGCAAAUCUCGAUUGGCGAGGGCAACACCCUUGUUGCGGGUAGCGAAGGCGGAACUGUAUGGGAGUUUAUCAAGGUGUUGGAU